AUGGCAGGCCCUCUCCAAGACAACCCUCCUACCGCCAACAUCCAUAUUACCAAUGGUGCUAGUGACUGGCUGUGGGCCGUCUGCGCCCUCAUGUCCGUCUCCAUGCUCUUCACACUUUUCUGGUCGCACAUGCAACCGUUAGGGCAGAGGGCAUUCCAUCACACCGCAACUGUAAUUCUGUUUGUGUCUGCCGUGGCGUAUUUCGCUAUGGCGUCUGAUCUUGGACAAACUGCUGUCGCGACCGAAUUCCGGGACACUUCCCCGGGUAGUACCCGAAACGUCUUCUGGGUCCGUUACAUCCAAUGGGCCAUCAACGGACCACUGAUCAUUAUAAUGGUCCUCCUUACCACUGGACUCGCCCUUUCCGACGUCUUCCUCACCGCAUUUAUGACCCUCGCCAUCGUCGUGAUGGGCCUCGUCGGCGCACUCACCCCAAGCAGCUACAAAUGGGGCUUCUUCGUCUUCGGCCUCUUCGCUCUCUUCUACGUCUUCACGUCGCUCUGGGGCCUCGGGUCGCGCACCUCUCUCAAUGCGGGUGGCGCAACCCAUCGUCGCUUCUUCAACACCGGCUCCGGCUGGAUCUCCUUCAUCUGGCCUCUCUACUUCAUCUGCUGGGGUCUCUCCGAAGGCGGGAACCGUAUCUCUCCCACGGGCGAGAUGAUAUUCUACGGCAUCCUCGAUCUCUUCGCUGGACCGCUCUUCUUGUUCACACACCUUUGGGCUCUGAGAAGCUUGGACUACGCCGCGUUCGGGCUGCAGAGUGGUAAGGCGAGCGAUUAUGCGGGCGUUACCGGGACGGGUGUGGGUGCGGGUCCGGCGGGGGCUGGGACUGGGACGAAUGGGGUUGGGACGAGCACGGGGAGGAAGGAGGCGGAGGCGGGAGUGGUUUGA